UUCUCUUCAACAAUUGUGGCUUGGCAUUGUACAGACGGCACAUAUUUUUGUUAUAUGUACAAACCCCUCUUGUUCUCCUCCUCAGUCAACUUUGCUACAUACAUAUAGGAGGCAAUAACAAGAAACUCAACACCUAAUUAAGAAGAAGACGAAGAAGAAGAAGAAGCAGGCAUGUGCUGCUGCAGCUCUGACGACGACUGUAAAUGCAGGCCGUUGGGUUUCAUCUUGGGCCUGCCGUUUGCCUUCCUCGCUCUCCUCCUCUCUCUCGUAGGAGUCAUCGUUUGGAUCGUCGGGUUAGUGCUGAGUUGCAUAUGUCCUUGCUGCUUCUGCGUGACUGUAAUAGUGGAGUUUGCGCUGUGGCUCAUCAAGGCUCCCUUUCUGAUCAUGAAGUGGUUCACCGAUCAGAUUCCUUGUUAGUUCUGGAUUCAAUAUCUUAGUUUUGUUUAUUGUUUAUGGCAUGUAGUGAACUUAAUUUAUAGUAUUUAUUUGUGAAAAUCAAAUUUGUAGUGAUAUGAUUUUAAUAAUGUUUGGAUGGUUUUC